AAUUUGGACCUCAAAAAUAUUCGCAAUUCUGAUAAAUAAACAUUUUCAAGGAAAAGUUCUACUCUUUUACUUUCCUUUUUCUUGUCCAAAUAAAAAUACCUCAACUUCUUGAUUUUUUCCCUCACUUUGCACCUAGUUGUCUCUUUGUCUAAGUACAUGAACUUGUGAAUUUACUUGCCAAGUUCCAAUUUUUUUGGUACCCCAUUUCAUUUUUCCUCUUAUUUUCAUUUGGGUAUCUUUUAAUUUUCUUGAAUUAUUAUUUGGUUUUGAAAUCUUGGUUAAAAAUGGUGGGGGCAUUGUGUGUUGUGGGUUCAUCUAUGGUGGAUUCACAUUCUAGUCCUUGUUUGUGUUUGGAUGCUUUGCCUACUUGUAACAAAUUGAGUGUUGGGGAUUCAGUUUUGUAUAAGAAUUCUUCAUCAAUUGGUAGGAAACAAUUGCCACGUUUGGGAUCAAUGGAAUUGAGCAGUUCUUUUGUAGAUUUGAGGUUUUCAACAAAAGCAUUUAAGGGUAAUUACAAGAAUUUAAAGAAGGAGAAAAAGAGUAGGAAGAAUCUUGUGGUUGUCAGUGAUUUAGGUGGACAGUAUGAAUAUGGCUUUGAUGAUAUCAAAACGCAAAUUCUUAAUUACUUCACAUUUAAAGCAGUGAGGACUAUUUUGAACCAACUUAAUGAAAUGGACUCUCCACAAUAUCAAUGGUUCAAUGAUUAUGUUACAGUAAAUAAGCUUAGGGAUGGGAAGCGUUUUAUUCGCAACCUUGCUAAGGAGAAGCAAGAACUCGCUGAAAAAGUGAUGGUAACACGGCUCAGUCUGUAUGCGAAAUGGAUAAAAAAAUGUGAUCACGAGGAGAUCUACAACCGAAUAUCUGAUCAGAACGUGGAAGUGAUGCGUGAGCGGCUCAUGGAAACUGUGAUUUGGCCAUCAGAUGACACGAACUCGGAGAGAGUUGGGUGAAAGAAACUCAUUGUGCACUGUUGAUUUCACUUCACUUUUCUCUUUCAGAUUCUAUUAGCUUCUCACUGAAAUUUGCAGCAAAUUAGUUUAUGUUGUAUUCUUCCGAGAUCACCGGGAUUCUUGAACUUAAGCUGUAUAUAAAAGGGAUUUUGUAUUUCAUAUUCA